AAACUUUUUUAAGUUACAAACUUACAAACUUUUUUGGGCCAUCAGAUUAGAUUUGAUCCUAGGGCUGGGGCUGAUUUAAAAUUUUAUAAUAGAGGGGUAAUUUAGUCAAUUUACGUUUAAACAGUUAUAACCUAUAUAAACUAAAAAAUUAACAGAAGCGUAUUAUUGUUUGUUGGAAAUUUUUGCCGGCUAGAGAGAGAAGACGCAUCGGAGAGAGACGACGGCGAGUUUCUGAGCUGGAGAGAGAACAACGCGGUUUUCGACUACAGAUUUACGCAUACUUGAAGGUGGAGAUUUGGUUAUUACUCUGUACGAUUGUUCUUCUUGUAUGCGAUUGUGCUAUGGACUUGAAUUCAGGUUUUGGUGAUAAAAUUGCUCAAAACUUUGAUGCUAAUACAUUGCCUAUGGAUGUUGUGGCUAUAGAAGAUGAUGAUUUGUCUUUGGGAGAAGUUGAUGAUUUGUCUUCGCGUAAAUAUGUAUCUCCAGGUUCUACAACGUAUUGGUUGCCUUGUAUGGUUGAUAGUAAACCUAAUGUUGGAAAAUCAUUUAGGAGUAUAGAUGAGGCUGCGCAUUUUUAUGUUGAUUAUGGUCGUUCUUGUGGAUUUGAUAUUAGGCGUGGUAGUGAGAAGCGAUAUCGAGAUGGACGUAUUCAAUCGAAACGUUUUCACUGUUCACGAGAAGGCUUUUAUUCUAAAAAUGGUGAGAAGAAUGAUGAUGGCUCAUUUUAUUCAAAACAAAAGAGGAAAAGUAUGUUUACUAGAUGUGGAUGUCCUGCUAUGAUUGUGGUGAAACAUACGAAGGGUUCAAUAUAUGAGAUUACUUUGUUUAUUGAACAACAUAAUCAUAGGUUUGCUAGUGCUGAUGGUAAGAAGUUUUUGAAGGCAAACCGGUCAAUGACUGUUGCACAUCAAAAUUUUGCAUUUGAUUGUUCAAAAGUCAGAAUAGGUCCUGCUCGUGCGUUUGGUUUAAUGAAAGAGUUUGUUGGAGGGUAUGACCAGAUUGGGGCAACAGUUGUUGAUUUUAAAAAUUGGAAUAGAGACUUGAAGAACAUAAUUGGGAAUGCAGAUGCACAAGUAAUAUUGAAUAAAUUUCAAUCUUUGAAGGAUUCUUCUAAUGGCAGAUUCUACUAUGAACAUGAUGUGGAUGAGUCUGGAAAAUUGACAAAGUUAUUUUGGGCAGAUUGUGUUGGUCGUAGAAACUAUGAUGUGUUUGGUGAUGUUAUUUCAGUAGAUGCCACAUUUAGUACUAACAAGUAUAACAUGGUUUUUGUUCCAAUCUGUGGUGUUGACAAUCAUAGAAAGUGUGUAACUUUUGGUGCUGGUCUACUUUCAAAAGAAGAUAUAGCUCAUUACAAAUGGAUUUUUCAAGCUUUACUAAAUUGUAUGGGGCGACAUCCAUUAUGCAUAUUGACUGAUCAAUGUGCUGCAAUGAAACAAGCAAUUGCUGAUGUGUUUGAUAAAGAAAAGACAAGGCAUCGUCUUUGUAUGUGGCACAUCAUGAAAAAAUUUCCAUCCAAGGUUGGUGUGGUAUUGGCAAUGGAUGGUGGAUUUUUAUCAAAGCUUAAACCUUUUGUAUGGGGUGAAAAUUUGGAUAUAUCUGAGUUUGAAGCUGGUUGGAAAUCUUUGAUGGAUGAGUUUAAGAUGACUGACAAUGAGUGGUUGUGUGAUAUGUAUGAAUGCCGACAUUUAUGGAUUCCAGCAUAUUUCAAAGAAGAUCCUUUAUUAGGAAUAUUACGGACAACAUCUUGGUCAGAAAGUGCAAAUUCAUUUUUUAGUCAUUAUCAUCAACCUGGUGAUACUCUAUCUCAGUUUUAUCUACGUUUUGAGACUGCAAUGGAUAAGCAACGUAAUAUCAAUUCAGACUUGAAUCAUAAGUCUAAUGUUGCGUUCCCAAGUACUGAUACAGAACUAUUUUUGGAGAAGGAUGCUGCAGAGUUAUACACACGUGAAAUAUUUUAUAAAUUCCAGAAACAAGUACGAGAUGCUUGUUUCCAUUUGGUAAUAAAGGAUAUGAGUGGUGUUGAAGUAAAGAAGUUUGUUUUACAUGAUCUUAAAGCUGCUAAAGAAUUUCAGGUUUUGCACAUUUUGGAAAAUCAUAAACUUGAGUGUUCUUGUAGGAUGUUUGAAAGAAUUGGUUUGCCAUGCAGUCAUUUGAUUCUUGCAUUAAAACAAGUUCCUGUGCACAAGCUCCCAAGGCAUCUUGUUCUGAAUAGAUGGAUGAAAAAUGCUGAGAAAAAUGCAACAAGAUUUGUUUCAAGCACAUCAAGUGAUGAUAAAGAGAAAUUUAGUGUUAUUGUGAAUGAUAUUUGGUUUGAUUUCAAUUCGUGUAUGGGGUUGGCUGGUGACAAUAAAGAAGCACUUGAUUUGAUUCAAAGUUGUCUAAAAGAUGUAAAACAGAAGUUACGUGGUUGGAAAUUUGAAGGGAAGCUAGUUGUGGGAAACAAGAAAGAUGUUGUUGAAAAGUUUAUUGGAUCAGAGAUUCCAGUUAACAUUGAAGUCAAGCCUCCAAAUCAAUGUCGGAACAAAGGGUGUGGAACAAAGAGAAUUAAGAGUGCUGCUGAAAAAUCAACUAUACUUUCUGGUAAACUAAAGAGGAUUUGCAGGUAUUGCAAGACAGAAGUUUAUCAUGACUUUAGGAAUUGUCCUGUAAGAAAAAUGCAAAAUUUGGAUGAGAAUUCUGCUGGGAAGAAGAAACAAAAACAAAGUACAGACAACAGUGAAAGUGGCAUGGGUGACAAUUUUGAACUCUAGUUUUUGUAUAGUUGAAUAUUUGUUAUUUUGAAGUUUUGUUUUGUUGAAUUCUUAUAUAAAUAAUGUUGAACACAUAUACUUUCAUUCUUGAAUUUCUAUAUAAAUAAUGUUGAACACAUA